CAAAUAUUUCAAUAAUUGGAUAAUUAUCUUUAUUUGCUGUUUUUUAUAAAAUAUAGAUAUACUAAUAUUGGAUUAAAAUGGAUUAAUAAAAAAUUAUACUAUUAUUUUAUUAAUAUUCAAAAAUCUAUUAAAAUUUUAAUUUUUACCAAUAGCAUUCAGAAUUUUAAAUUCUUUUAAAAAUAUUUUUUUUGUUAUAAAAUAUAAUUUAUAAUUAUUAAUGCUUAUAUUUAAUUUAUUUAAAAAACAUGAUAAAUAUUAUUUGAAUAAAAUUAAGUUUAAAAAAUAUGGAAUAUAUUUAAUAAAAAAAAAUCAUUUUAUCAUAAGAGUAUUAUUAUAAUUUAUGUGAUUACAAAGUAACAAAUAUUUUGAAUAGUAGAUAACAAUAACUUCUAAUCAAUAUCAUAAUUUAAAAUAAAAAUUUUUAUUUUAUAAUUUGAUAUUUUAAAAAUUUGCUUUAAGUAAAAUAGUAUAAAAAUCAGUGAGAGAUGUAUAGUUCCUUUCUUGUUACGUUACGAAGUCAAUAAAAUGGGAAAAGUGUAUUCUCUACUUUUACGACCAAUUCGUACAUUUAAUAUUGAAAAUAAAGUACAUCGAAUUAUUUCAAGAGAUAAACCAGUGCCUGCUCCUUUACAUUCAUCAGUACAGAAACAAAAGAAGCUUGUAGAUAAAUUAAACCCUAAUUUUAUGGAAAUUCACUAUAAGAAGGAUUCUCAAUUAGAUGACCGUUUAAAAAAUGUUUUUGUUAAAUCAGAAGAUCCAAAGGAUAUAUUAAAAGAAAGUACAUCCAAAUUACCACAGAAUAGAAGUCAACGUUCUUCAGAAGACUAUGAUUUUAAAACUUAUAAGGGUAAAUGUGAUAUAAAACAAGUUAUACAUUUCAUGAAUAUGCACAAUGAAAAUCCUAUAGAAUAUUCUGCAGAAAAAAUAUCUAUACAAUACAAACUAGAUAAACAAAUAAUAGAAAAUAUUUUAACAUAUUUUAAAAUUUUACAUUGUGUAGCAGAUGCUAAACAAUUGAAAUUAAAUGAUGGUAAGAAAAAAUAACAAUUUUAUUUUAUAAUAAAAUUUAAACAACUUACAACCAUGUAGAUAGUAUAAAUAAAUAUUAAUUUAUUAAAAUA